AUCAGGUUUCUCGCGUUUCACGAUUACCUCGUCUACGCACGUGUAACUCGUUUUAAUUUUCCGCGAUGGAAAUCCGUAAUCGAACACCUGGAAAGCGAUCCCGAAUUAAACCGGCGAAGGAAACCGAGGAACGAGGAAAAACUCACUUCAUCGUGCAACGUUUCGAUUUUACCAGACUGGUCGUUCAUCGUGAGAAUUUUCUUUUCGUUUAACAGUACCGAAAGGGGCAGCGCUGGAUCGCUUGAAGUGAACCGAUAUCGUACGCAAUGAGAACGUUAUUCAAAUUGUUCUUAUCCGACCGGAAAUUGUAAAGUGUAAACUGUGUAACCCAUCCGCGGCGAUAAAUAAUCUGGGGCGAAAUUUUCGUUCGGAGGAAGAUGGUCGACGACCUCGGCUAUGAGAACCGCGCGAGGACGUAGAAGAUGACGCGACGUCGCAAGCGAUCCGUGCUCGCUAAUCUCCGCGCGGUGAUCGCCAACAAAAAUUCGCGAAUCGGACACAUGGCAUGCACUCUGUGCGACCAUUAUAUCUUGGGCAACUGGAUCUACGUGACCAUUCUUGGCCUCAUUGGGACCGUAGAAGCGGUUUACGUGGCUCUGAUGUGUUUCACAACACACUGUUUAAGCUGCAUCGCUUUCGAAGCCGGAGGUCGAUCCUCCCAUGGGAAUCCAGUGAGCAAAUCUGCGGCGUUCAAUGCUCUCUUCCGACGACUAUAUAAUUUAAGGAUUAUAGUACUCGUCACGAACAUAAUUGCCGGAUUGAUAACCACGCUAAUGAUGACAAUCGGCGAUAAAUACGACAUUCCUUAUCUGUAUCUACCGUGGCUGGUGAAUACAAUGAAAGGAAUGGCCCUGUGCGAAGGACCAGCCCUUAUAAAUUUGGCCAGCGCGCUUCUACCUAACGUUACUCUCCCCACAGCCGUUUUCACACUCGUCACUUUCGUAUUAUACGCCGAGGAACUCUGUAUCUGGAACAACGUGCUUGUAAGAUUCCAGCGAUGCUGGAGAGAGUACCACGAUCGGAAGCUUUCCAGUAUGGAGAAAGUUAAAGAGGAAAUGUUUAUCACGAGCAAGAAAUUAUUUUUUCACGGUGAUACCAACGAGAAAUUUCAUAUGGGCGUUGAGAAAUUAAAGUCCGUACAAAAACCUGACGAAUUCUCUAGAAAUAAUGACAAUCGAAUCAACGCGGAUAUUAGUUUCAGACCUGUUAAAAGUACUAUCGGAGACAACGGCGAUUCUAUUCGUAAUCAAUUACCAAACUCAACAGGCUAAUUAAUUUUCGAAUAGUAGAGUAAACAAUUACCAUUGUUAAUUCUUAAUGAAACAAAAACGUCAAGAAAGUAGAAAAUGUACCUGUCUACUAUUUGAUACACUAAAUUUAUAUUUUAUUUUUCUACGAGAAUUGAUUAUACUCAUUCAAUAUUCGUUUGAAUCUUGUACGAUUUUAUUUUAUAAUAAAAGCAGGAUUUAAUCUGUGAGUCGUUGUACCGUACUUUCGGAGAUAGUCAAU